CUGCCGCGCGAGUUUUUUUUGCCCACUGACGUCAACUGCGCGACGAACCAAUCAGCUUGUCUCGCCUGAGCUGUGGUGCGCAAGGCAAGUUGGUGAUUGAAAGAUGGCGGAAAUCGUGGAUCUUCCUAAACUGAAGGGCCUGGGGAGGCUCUGCGGAGUUUAAAAAAAAAUGCACUUUUUGCAUUAAAGUUCAACUUUCGCUCUACUGCGCAUGUACCUGCCUGGAUGAGAACAAAAGAAGAUUGUGAUUAUGAGCUUCUACAGAAAUACCCCAGCAGGCAGGACACUGGGGAACAAAAACCUGUUGGCAGAACUAAAGCAGGAAUGCCUUGCUCGUGGCUUAGAGGUGAAAGGGAACAAGAGCGAUCUUAUCAGUCGUCUGCAAGCCUAUCUAGAGGAACACGGUUCGGAAGAACUUCUGCUUAAUACUGAAGAGGAGGCAAAUGAAGAAGAUGUUUUGGGUGAAGAUGAAACAGAAGAAGAAGAACAGAAGAGCAGUGAAGUAGCAGUCAAGCAAGAAGAACCUGAUGCCAAACCAGAUGAAACAAAUGCAGAAAAGAAGCUGGUGAAAAUUUCUAGCAGUGUUUCUGAAACUGAUAGACUUCAGAAAAGAGCAGAGAGGUUCAACGUUCCUGCCAGUGCCAACACCAAGAAAGCAUCUCGUGCAAUCCGGUUUGGCAUUUCAACUUCGGAAAAAAAAGAUCAAAUAUCAGAUGUGAAAUCUUCGGUUAGUAUGGAUAAGUUGAAGGAACGAGCACAAAGGUUUGGUCUUAGCGUGUCUCCUGUCUCCAAAAAGGAAAGGUUAAAAAAUGAAGAUGACGAGAAGCUAAAGAAAAGGAAGGAGCGUUUUGGAAUAGUGACCAGCUCUGCAACAGUCACUGAUGAUAUUGAGGCAAAGAAGAGGAAAAGAGCAGGACGCUUUGGCAUUGUCUAGCAGCCACAUACACACUUUUAGUUUUUCUGCCAUGUUUUUGCAACUCCUCAAUGAUAUAAUACUUUUCUGCCUCUUGUUUUUUAAUGACCGAUUUUUUUUUUUUAAACUAUGUGAAAUUAAAGAAACAACUUGUUCAUUGCUAA